GGUCCCGCCAGAAAAUGUGGCGGCCAAGAAUCUGAAGAAAACUGGAAAAAUGGCGAGAAGUGACACACAUGAGUACCGAAAAUUACUCUAAUGGUUAUAAUCCAGUAAUGGCUGAGUGAAUGAUUGCAUUUUGAGCGAAAAAUGAAGCGGGGAAGAGGAAGACCGCCUAAAACUCCCGUGUAUAGCUCAAAGUUGCUAAAAAGCAAUCGUCGCGGAAGCCAACAUGGCGGCCAAAGCAGCACAAGAGUUUGUUCACCUCAGACUGGUGAAGGAGUUAAAACAAGGGAAUCUAAUCGAUCUACACAAAGAAGGAGCUAUUUUGAAGGGAUACAAUUCAGUGAUAGUGACAGUGAUUCUGAUUCUAGUUAUGAAUCUUCUAUUUCUACAGUUUCUAGCGUUAGAAGUUAUAAAAUUCCAAGAGUUAUUCCGAUGAAAACAGUGACUCCACUCGCGCUACCGCGGUCCUCAGAUGACAUAAUUCUACCUCCUGAACACGUUCUUCAAGGGUUAGGCAUAUAUGAAGUACUCAGGCAGUUUGGUAGGAUUCUACGGCUUUCUCCGUUUAGAUUUGAGGAUUUUUGUGCAGCUAUCGACUCGUCAGAGCAGUCGGCCUUGUUGUCUCAGAUUCACAUGGCGCUGUUCCGUGCGCUUCUACAAGAAGACGAAACAAAUGGCUACACAUUCGCUGCGAGCGAUGAAAAGGAUAGUCUAAACAUCUUCCUUCAUGAAGUAGAUUGUUUUACAUGGCCAGAACACAUAAGAAGCUAUUUCUUCUCGGAUAAGACAGAAUUUUGUGAUCUUUUAGACACAAUCAAAGGUCGCGAUCCUCAACACCCGUUCCCUUUCGUCUCAAUAAGCGAUCGACUAAAAGUCUUGCAGAGACUUUGUGAUUUGUUCCUAGCUUCGAAUACCGUCCGUGAAGUGAUUAUCAACGAAGGGAUAGUGGAAUCUGAGGAUCAUUGUCGAAAUUGCAGUAAAAUGGGUGAUUUGUUGUGCUGUGAGGCCUGCCCUGCCGUCUACCAUCUUCACUGUUUAAAGCCUCCGCUUGAAGUGGUUCCAGAAGGCGAUUGGUUGUGUCCAAUAUGUGACCAACAUCAACUCAAGGGGGUGACUGACUGUCAACCAGCCUGGAUCAAGGAUGGGUGGCUGAGACACACACCACUAGGCACUGAUAGACAGGGCAGAAAGUAUUGGUUUCUUUCUCGUCGUCUCUUCGUUGAAAGUGAGGAUGAGUUAGUGCUAUACUACAGUAGUAAGCCACACCUGGAUGAGCUGAUUGAAUAUUUAGAGGAUGAUGGACAAGAAAGAAGAUUAUUAUCAGCCAUUAAAACCAAGUACAAUACCAUCAUCAGACAAAUGGGCAUUACUGAGUCACUAAUAGAGGCUUCCAGGGGUGACAUGAAAUCUGGUCUUCUUGCAAGACGGAAAAAAGGUGAAAAGCAAUCAGAUUCUGUUUCAGAAGGCUUGACACCACAGGAAUCCCAUUCAUCAAAAGUUAACUUAACAUUUGUUCCUGAUACAGCAGUGGCCAAGAUAGUUACAAAAACCAAUCAGGAAACAGUGGCAGCAGCAGCAGAACCUGUUAUUGACAGAAGAACUGCAGUCAUGGAACAAAGGAAGGAAACAUCAAGUAACCAUCUGUCAUCUGACGUCCAGGAAGUGGAUCAGAUAUCACAUGUUGUAACCAAGGGUGAUAGUAACCAUCUGUCAUCUGACGUCCAGGAAGUAGACAAGAUAUCUCGUGUUGUAACCAAGAGUGAUAGUAACCAUCUGUCAUCUGAUGGCCAGGAUAUGGAAGUAGACCAUAAGGGUGAUAGUAAACAAUCUAGCAUCAUAGAACACAUAAAGGACAAGCACAUGACUAGUACAACGCAACCAAAAGCAUCAAAUGAAAGGCAUGAAGAAUCAAUACCUGACUGUAAUCCUUCUGAUACAAGCAGUUCACCUGCUAAAAUGUUGGUAUCUAACAAAGAAACGACUGUAAAACAAGAGAGUAAUGCUGCUAAAGGUCCAAAGAAGAAUGAUAGUGCCGCCAGCUUACAAGCGAUUGUAAAGCAAGAAAAUAAACCAGACAAUAAAGACUGUUUGAAUGUUGAAGAAAGUUCUCUGACCAACAAUGGGCUUGUGAAAUCUGAACAACAAAAAGCAAUAGUUGAUGAUUAUGAUGUGAAAGGUCCUUUCUUUAGGCUCGGAAUGGAGGAUAAUUUUUCUGGUUAUGUGAAUCACUUUGCAACUGAUCCACUUGCUCUGAACAGACAACAGCACAUGGAAAACAAAGAAAGGAGAAGAGCAGUCAGCAAUAAAUUCAGUGUAUUUAAUGAAUUUAAGUUAAGCGGAGAAAUCUUUGGUCCUAAGGAUGUAAUUUUGAACACUCUACGCUGUUCUAUUGUCAACUUGGAGAAUAACAUCCCAGCGGCAUUCAUGCAUCCAGUAUGGCCUGUUCAAAGAUCAACAUGGGUCAGAGCUGUUCACAUGUCGACCACACCAGUAGAGUUUGCUGCGGCACUUUGCUUUCUUGAAAGCCUAAUUAAACCAGUUUGUUUUCUUCCUGUCUGGAAUGAUUCCUUGGGACAUACUGAACUACACAGGAUAAUAGUUGAAACUAAAGCUGAAAAAAAGAAGAGAGAGCACAAGGAUGAAGAAGAAGAUGUAGAUUAUAGAGACAGAGUAUUUGUUAACUAUUCUUGGACGCCAAUCCAUCAGAUUUGGAAGCAAAAGGGAGAAGAAUACCGCAUAUUUGGUGGUGGUGGAUGGACAUGGGAAAGUGGAAUGCCAUCACGCAAACGAAAACGCUGUCUCACAAAAGACAAAAAAGACUUUGAAUGCAAAAAACAAAGACUUUGCAGUGUGGUAGAUAACUUUGUGAAAAGACGGGAACAGAAAAAAAUGGAAGCUGAACGAAAAGCCAAAGCAAAGCUUGCUGUAGCAACAUAUAAAGCAAAUGCAAAUCCCUUACCCAAAGGUGGUGCAGCACUUUCUACUGGUUCAGGAAAAACUGUUUCUCUACAUACUUCUGUGCCAUUGGUGAAUAAAGUUAUGCAAUCUGGUGGGAGUACUUUAGUUAAUGCAAAUGUAAACACUGUAAAAACACCUGCUACAAAUGUUGAAACAUUAUUGAUAAAUUCUACAUCACAGUCUACAGGGAUAAGUGUCAUGCCAGCUACACAGAUGUCACAGUCUGCAGGGAGAAGUGUCACACCAGCUACACAGAUGUCACAGUCAGCAGGGAUAAGUGUCACACCAGCUACACAGAAGUCACAGCCUACAGGGAUAAGUGUCAUACCAGCUACACAGUUGUCAAAGUCUGCAGGGAUAAGUGUCACACCAGCUACACAGAUGUCACAGCCUGCAGGUAGAAGUGUCACACCUACUACACAGUUGCCAAAGCCUGCAGGGUUAAAUGUCAUACCUGCUACGCAGGUGUCACAGUCAGCAGGAAUAAGUGUCAUACCUGCUACACAAGUGUCACAGUCUGCGGGGAUAAGUGUUCUACCUGCUACACAGACAUCACAGUCAGCAGGGAUACAUGUCAUACCAGCUACACAGAUGUCACAUCCUGCAGGGUUAAAUGUCAUACCUGCUACACAGUUGUCACAGACUGCAGGAAUAAGUGUCAUGCCAACUACACAGAAGUCACAGCCUGCAGGGAUAACCCAAACAUUACUUACCACUAUUCCAGAAGUACCAUUAAACCUUCAAACGUUUGCACAGAGUCCUAGCAUUUAUGGCAGCUCUGCAGUUCUAGGCACAGGUGUUCCAACUGUAACUGUCAAUCAGCCACUCAUUCCUUCUGGAACUGCUUUGUCAGCAGUUCCUAAAACAGAAUCAAUCUCAAUAGACAUGUUACUACAAAGGUCUACAGCACCCUCCCAUCGAGUGAUGUCAUUAGUACCGCAGUCUACAGCACCCUCCCAUYCAGUGAUGUCAUCAGUACCGCAGUCUACAGCACCCUCCCAUCCAGUGAUGUCAUCAGUACCGCAGUCUACAACACCCUCCCAUCCAGUGAUGUCAUCAGUACUUCCUUCUACAGCACCAUCCCAUCUAGUGAUAUCAUCAGUACUGCAGUCUAUAGCACCCUCCCAUCCAGUGAUGUCAUCAUUACCGCAAUCUACAGCACCCUCCCAUCCAGUGAUGUCAUCAGUACCGCAGUCUACAGCACCCUCCCAUCCAGUGAUGUCAUCAGUACUUCCUUCUACAGCACCCUCCCCUCCAGUGAUGUCAUCAGUACCGCAGUCUACAGCACCCUCCCAUCCAGUGAUGUCAUCAGUGGUUCCUUCUACAGCACCCUUCCAUUUAGUGAUGUCAUCAGUACCACAGUCUACAGCACCAUCCCAUCCAGUGAUGUCAUCAGUACUACCUUCUACAGCACCCUCUGUGAUGUCAGAUGUGAUACCAGAUACCAAACCAUCUGAUGUGGUACAGGAAAGUGUUGGCAAUAAAGAGGACAAGGUGCUGAUUAAAAAACCAAUGCCAUUGACUGGACAAUCUAUGGUAACAGGUAUCGUGACAACAGGACCUGAAAACAGAAACUGCCAAUUUACUGGAGUUAGUGGUAAUAAUGUAAAUAAGAAUGUCGUCAUACCAAAGAUACCACCAGCAUUGUCCAUUCCAGUACAAGCAUCAAAGCAAGAAAUGUCUCCUUUGUCUUUUUGUGGUGCAACUACUGUGACUCCAUCACUAUCUACUACUUCUUCAGCAAUGCCUAUUAAGGAUCUUAAUGUAAUAACUUCUAACAGCCCUGUGUUAGGACCUGGGAUUGAGAAGGGAGUGGCAGCAAUUGCUGUGUCUGUGCCGGGUAGUUUGGGCAAGGUGAUGCCAUCUGUAAAGAGUACAGGACAAUGUGUUCCCAUGAAGACUGGUGUAAAACACACACUGCCAGUGGCUUCUAAAGUACCAACACAACAAGGCACAAUAAGUACCCCAAAGUUAGCCACCCAUUCCUUAAACAGCAAUAAAGUUACUUCAAGUCCAUCUCUACGUGCCAUAGCACCGCAGCCAAGACCAGCUAUUCUUCCUGCAUCUUUACAACCAGGUUCUAAAACAAGUCCUCAGGGUGCCACACAGAUUACAAUACCAAUAGUACAAGGUAAUGUAAUGCAAGGGACUAAUGUAUUAAAGCUUACUACUCCAGUGUCUGUCAAUCCCGGUACUCCAGUCAGUAACAUAGCAGCACUUGUUGCCAGCCUUCCUGCAAAUAUGGUUUCUCCUGGCCAGACACAGCUGAUCAGAUUUGUUACUCCAGCUGGUGCAACCAUAACAGUACAAGGUACUAUACAAACACAUCCAACAGGAAAAACAGGAAAUUCCCCUGGAGGGCCCUCUGGAACAGCAACAAUCAGUCUUCCUAAAAGUAUUGCCACCAAUCAGCUCUUGCUAAGCUCACAAAACACCAAACCUGUUCCAGUGGCACCAAAAACUGUAGGUACAAGCACAAUCCAUAAAACUGUGUCUCUGGCCCGCCCUCAGCAGCCUUCAGUCACCAAAAUGCAAAAUAAAACACUGGAUCAAAAAGAGAAGUACCCAGUACUUGAACCAGUGAUAAAAGAUCCACGCAAACUACUAGACCGACAGAUUUCCAAAUGGAGACAAAAUCGAUAUUCAAUGAAAAGUGUGUACCAACUUCAAAGACAUAGAAGGAGGGUUUUUGGAAGGCGUGCUGGGAUGAAAGAGGUACCAGAUUUUAUGUACGUUACCCGUGGUUCAGGGGUGAAUUGGCCAGCUGGGUUUCCGCGCCCUAGUUUCAAGGUGGCCUGGAGGUACCGAAGUCAAAGUCUAAGGACGUUGGCAGGUGCAGGUUUACAAGCAAGAAUAUUACACGCUUGUUUGAAAUGGGAAGAUAUUAAUAUCAGGCCUCCAAGAUCUAACAGUUCUACAAUAUGCACCAGUACAGGCACGACCACUACUGAGAUUAUAAAUCAUCGUUACGUCAACCCUGAUGGCCUGCACUGUGAAUACCUUGUGCGUAAGAUAUUGCGUAAUCUAUAUAAACCUGUGACAGAGUCACCAAAACCACCUCCUCCAACCGUUAGUAAAAGAGGCCGUACACUACGACCCAAGAUUAAUUUGAACUUGGAUGAUGAAGAAGAAGAAACUAUAAAGAAAGGACCAAGGGUCGUUGAGGAAUGGUGUCCUGAGGAAAAGCUGGAAUUAUGGGAAAUUCGACAAUAUAAUGAGCGCAAAGAAAGAGAGCGAGCACUGGAGAGAGAAAAGAAAAUGCAGGAAGAGGCUCUAAGAAAAGCAGCUGAACUGAGAGCAGCAGCCAUUCAGCGUAAACAACAAGAACAACAAGCUAAACAACAACAGCAAAUCAUGAAAAAGAAAGUUCAAAAUGCCAUCAAAACACAACAGAGAAAGCUUUCAAAUGUUAACCAGAAUGUUAGUCGAUCGAUAGUCAACACGACCUUUAGAUCCGUUGUAAGUACAUCACCAAGCACAACUCAAGUCCUACAGACGUCUGUUGCUAGACAACCGUUACCAAGGAUAACGAAUCUAGUGACUCAGUACAGGCCGUCUUCUCUAAGCCAGCCAAGGGUUCCUGUUGCUUCGCCUGCUACUGUGGUUCGUCAGGUUACUAGGCCUCAGAUCAAUUAUAGACCCCUAGCAACCACUGUCCAAUCAAAAGCGACUUUGUCUACAGGUACGAAAGUCGUACAUACUUCCCAACCUGUUAUUAGAAGCUCUUCAUCUACCAAUCACGCGCCUAAAAUGAAGCAUUCGUCCAAAGAACUCCAGCAAGCAAAACAGCAGAUUGCCAAAGCAAAAGUCAAGAAAUCUGGUGCAGGUGGUGCGCAGAAUGCAAACAGAAAAGCUACAUCCCUCGAGUCAAGACAGGACAUGAACAGAAUGUCGGCAUGUCACAAAGCCAUAGAUUACAUAAUCAGUAAAAUAGAACGAAAUGAAGAACUAGAGAGACAAAGAGAAGCGAAACGAAAAGCUGUGGUCGAAAAACAAGAGCGAGCGAGGGCUGUCAAACUUGACGGAAUUCUUUACAAGAGAAAAGAAAUUUUAAAGAAAGAGAUUAUUCGUAAGCGAGCACAACUUGAGAAAGAACUGACCGUCGAAAUAGAAAAAGAGAUAAAAAAAGAUCAAAAAUCACGGAAAGACACAGCACGAAAGAGGAAACGGGACAGUGAGAGCACACCUGAAGGUCCGUCCAUCAAAAAACACAAGACAGAUCAACUCUAUUGUGUGUGCAGAAAACCUUAUGAUGAAACCAAGUUUUACAUUGGAUGUGACAUGUGUGCUAACUGGUUCCACGGUACGUGUGUUGGAGUAACCCCUGAACAAGCAGCCAUCAUGGAUGACUUCACCUGUAUGGAGUGUAAAAAGGCACAAAAAGGAGUCGAGAAAGAAGAGCUCUACUGCUUGUGCAAACAGCCUUACGAUGAAGCCAAGUUUUAUAUCGGUUGUGACUCGUGCCAUGACUGGUUUCAUGGUACGUGUGUGGGGAUUAGUGAAUACCAGGCCAAUCUACUGACAUCCUACGUAUGCCCGCAAUGUAAGGAAAGCCAGUCAGAAAGAGACGUGCAACCGCUGACCAAAAAAGAUCUUGACUCACUUAAACGACUGCUACGAUCACUACAAAGUCACAAGAUGGCGUGGCCUUUCCUAGAACCUGUCAAUGCCGAUGAAGUAGUUGAUUAUUAUCAAGUUAUCAAGGACCCAAUGGAUCUGUCCAAAGUAGAAGAUCGUCUGACAUCCAAUUACUACAAAACACUGGACCAGUUCAAUAGUGACAUCACCACUAUAUUUGACAACUGUCGCUUAUACAACCCUAAAGAAUCACCUUAUUAUCGCUGUGCUGAAGUCUUAGAGGGUUUCUUUGUCAAGAAACUAAGAAACUGGCGAUAAACCUCCUGUAUAUUGAACCAUAGAACACUUAGGCCUAGGGCAAACGUCGAACUUUCGACGUUUGUCCUAGGCCUUAGAUUUCGUAGCCGACUGAACAAUGAAUAUAUGUGCAAUAGUAAAGUUGGCUUCCAAAAAUGAAUAUCAAUAAAUAAUAAUUCAAAUAUCAAAAGGAGGGUGCUACGGAAUAAUAUUAAUUCAUCAGCACCCAAACUCUUUGGAUAUUGAUAAAGAAGGAAGAAAGACCGCUGGGAUAGAACACCUGGGGUAAGUACACCACUUAUAAUAAUGAAAUAAAACGUGUUUUAAAAGAGUGCUUGAUUAAAGACAUUUCCAAAAAAUACUAGUCAUCAUGUAAUCGUCCAAUAGAAACACAACGAAAAGACAGUGUAAUUAGGGUCUACUAAUAUAUUUUAAAGACAAUCGUUGUCAUUUGUAUUUUUAAUCCUUUUCAUGUAAAACAAAAUAUUGACUUCAAUCCAAAAAAUACUAGUCAUCAUGUAAUCGUCCAAUAGAAUCACACAACGAAAAGACAGUGUAAUUAGGGUCUACUAAUACAUUUUAAUGAUAACCGCUUUCCAUUUUAGUUUUUAAUCCUUUUGAUGUAAAAGAAAAUAUUGACUUUUCAUUCUUCCCAUUUGACUUCCGUACGUCAACAAGAUCGUGUAUUCUUGUCGUCGUUGUGUCAAUAUUACUGGUAUAAGUUUUUCAAAACCUUUUAUUUUACGCUUUAUUUCUAGGGUGCUAUAUUCAAGAUGAAAGCAGUGGUCGUCCUUGUGUUUUCUCUGGCUUUUCUUUCCUCUAUUUCGGGAAGUCAAUGGACUAAAGUGCACUCCAAGUUCAUUGAAGGAGAUGUAAUCAGUGAGGUAUCAUUUAGUGACCAGCUGAGCAUAGCCAGUCUUAAAUGUAAAAAACAAUGCCAGUCGAUGGUUGACAGGGGAUGU